CGUGGGCAGAGUCCACGGUUGAGAAGAUUUUAGGACACAUGCGCCUAGCCKGGGUGCCAGUCUAUUGUUCUCUUGCCAACUCCUAACGCAAGAAAUGGGAAUUAAGAAGAACAGUUUAAAGCCCUCUGGUGUUUAAAAAAAAGAAUUUAAAAAAACAUAGGCCCAAUUGCGGUAAUAAUCACCCCACUGCUUUCACCAAUCAAACCCUAGACCUGCGCAAUGAGGGAGGAUGCCUUUUGAGUAUAGAGAAACUGAGAAAGCCUGUUGGUACAGCCUCUAAAAGAAGAAUGUGAAAAGACUGGUUCUCAUGUGACCAUGUUUCUAUUCUGAAACUCAAACUCAGUUUUAUUCACGUCGAGUGAGUCUCUAGUCACCGGAGGGCAGCAGCAAGUGAGCACACCUGACGCUUUCACGCCUACUCCCAGACAAAAAUACAAAAACUAUUUAAAAUCGAGAAGAGCCACUGGUUGCACAUAUCACCGAAUCUCCUUUUGUGGAUGCAAAUCAGUGACUACCGAGGAAGACCCAACAUUGUUCAGAAGCAGAGGUGGGACUGCCGUACUUCCUCUUUACCUUCUACCUCAGACCCUGCUUUGCCUAGCCAAGUSUGUCUGUCAUGGGGCUGCUUCUAUCCAAGAGGGACAUCAAGAGGACUCCCACGGUUAUUCUGAUGGGCCUGGGCUCAUCUGGGAAGUCCACCCUGCUCUUCAGGCUCAAGACAGGGUUGGUGAUGGAUACUUCCCCCACCGUGGGCUUCAACGUGGUGACCCUGGAUCUGAACAAGAAAACGGCCUUGACCGUGUGGGAUGUGGGCGGACAGGGCGAGAUGAGGGCCAACUGGAGGUACUACCUGGAGGGCUGUAAGGCUAUGGUGUUCGUGGUGGACAGUAGUGACCGGGCCAGUAUAGGGGACGCUCAGAAGGMUCUGAAGAAUGUCCUGUCMGACRACAACAUGAAGGGAAUACCUCUGAUGGUGCUGGCUAACAAGAAGGACCUCCMCAACACCAUGAACAUCAGAGAGGUGUCCAACCAGCUGGAGCUGCCCAGCUACAAAGACCGAGCCUGGCAGAUCCAGGCAUGCAGCGGCCUGAAGGGAAUGGGGCUCCAGCAAGCCUUCCUCUCUGUGGCCAAACUCAUCAAGAAGAGCUGAGAGGAGACACGUCAGUGGAGAUAUCACUGUGUGAGAGACUCUUGACAAGUCGGAGAUACUGACUAUAUAGUGCACUACCUUAAACUAGAACAAUAUUAAAGUACCUCAGAAGUAGUGCACUAU